CGUAAGUAUGCAUAAAGUACGCAUAAACUGACUCAGCCCUUUGCAACCUCCAACAAAUCAGCACUAUCAUGACACCUUCAUCUCUCGAGUCCGUAGGCUGAUGCCUUGCUGAACCAUGGAUGGGUGACUCAGUCCUCUGCAUGGAGCUUGUAAAAGGGGUUUGGUGAUUCAGUCUCAUUUCUGAAUUGGCAGAUCAAGUCGAAGCCCAAGACCUAUCGUACAUACAUUACAUUCUCCAAACAAGGAGAGAGUAACAACGAGAUGCGAAAAUCGUGGAAAGUGAACCUGGGGUUGGCAUUGGUGGUUUCUGGAUGUCUUCAGUGUUGUUCUGGUUUUAGCUUUCAAAAUGCUCUGCAAGAAAGAUCUUCCAGUGCCUUGAAAAUCUCUCAAUCAUUUGAAGGUUCAGCGGAAGACAUUAUUAAUUCUGUGGAUUCCGCUCGACGAUCCAUGGGGGCAAUCGCUCUGGCAAGUCUUGUGGGCAGCUUCGUUCAGGCAUCCCCCGCGUUGGCAUCCGAUGUUCGAGGUCCUAUUGAACUGCUGCGACCAGCCACUCGCAUCAAGCUCUACAUUGACAAUGCCAUUGAACUCUGUCAAGCUGCCAAGACGGCACCACAAGGGGCUGCAAGUCUUGUAUGGGAACCAUUGAGAGAGUUUUUGGCGCAACAACCAGCAUCCUUCAUGACACCCGACGAACUCAAGUUGUCCACACGAUAUCUGGAAAUUGACACCAAUGCGGCAUGGCAAGCUGCUCGACGCAAGGAGCGAGAGGAAAAGGGAAAAGAAAUUGGCAUUGAUUACACGACACCCUAUGAUCGGUUGAAUACAUCACUCCAACAAUGGGGUGACCAACGCACCUUUCAAAUACUGCGAGGACGACAGCGCAAUCUAGAACGAAACAAUGCCAUGAGAGCAGCAUUUAAUGCCUACACCAACAACCUGGUCUUUGGAGACUCCUAUCAACUCAACGUCCAAGGAGCCGAAAGGAAGGCGCUGGUCCGAAACGAUGCCUUGCCCGAUGUCAAUACCGUCGUCGUCAGUGACUUGGAUUUGAGAGACUUGUAUCGCAAUCAAGUUUUGCAAAACAUGGACGAUGCCAAAGCUGAGAUUGACUACCAGAUUUCAUCCGGGGAAGUAGAUGUCAACGAAGUCUUGGCCUGUCUGCAGGCCGCACGAGCUUCCUGCGACGAGUGGUUUAGUUUCAUCCCCAAGGAAGAUGUGCAAGCGGCAUUGCAAGAUGUCUUGUCCGAGAGUCGUGCGUAGCUAAACGGCAAUCCAUAAAGAAGUAAGUGUCGACUGUAGGGCAGCGUGCUCCAAUCAACUACUUUGUCCUACUUGCAUCAAACGUAGCUGAGACUAUUAGCUAGUUAGUUUCAAGGAAACA